CCCAGUGUUUUCCAGAAAAAAAGUAGCUAGAGCGAGCAAGAACCCUGAUUGGAAUGCCGCCGCCGCCCCACAGCGGUUUUCCCCAGCGAUUCUCUCCCAGGUACGCUCUCGCGACGCGAUCUCUUAAGCCCUAGGCAGGGAUUUGAGAUCCAGCGCUCCGUCGAUCGGCCGAUCGAUCGAAAUUUCUCAAAUUUUCUCAUCCCCAGGCUCCUACGGCGAUCCUGAUCUGGAAAGAGGAGGGCAAUCGGCAGCGGCAGCCAUGGGCAGAGCUACAUUUCCACUGCUAAUUCUCAUCACGGUGGCGCUGUUCAUCGCGACGCACAACACAGUGUCCAUGGUUUUCAAGCAUCGCGGCGAGAUGAGCGAUCAAAAGGCCAUGUCCGUCAUGGAUGGAAAUCCCGCGGGUGGAGUGGACACCUACGAUCCCUUGAUCAAAAUGCCCCGGUCUUUCAAGAACUCCAAGAAGAAGAAGAAGAGGAUGUUCCACACGGUGAUGACCGCUAGCUCCGUCCCUUACAACAAUUGGCAAAGCCGGGUCAUGUACUACUGGUAUAAGCAGCAAAAGGAGAAGGCCGGGUCGGAGAUGGGUGGAUUUACGCGCUUGCUCCACACAGGAAAGGCCGAUCACUUGAUGGACGAGAUUCCUACGUAUGUUGUCCAGCCACUUCCCGAGGGAACUGACAAGGGAUUUGUUGUGUUGAAUCGUCCAUGGGCAUUCGUGCAAUGGUUUCGGGACGUUGAGAUCGAAGAGGACUAUGUAUUUAUGGCAGAGCCAGAUCAUAUUAUUAUCCGGCCUAUUCCAAACCUUUCCACUGGCGAACUUCCCGCGGCCUUCCCAUUCUUUUACAUUGAUCCUAAACAGUUCCAGAAGACCCUGCGUAGAUGGUAUCCUGAAAGCAAAGGACCGAUCACUAACAUUGAUCCUAUAGGUAACUCCCCGGUUAUAAUUAAGAAGUCACUUCUCAAAGAGAUUGCUCCGACGUGGAUGAAUGUUUCGUUGGAGAUGAAGAACGAUCCUCAAGCUGAUAAGGACUUCGGUUGGGUGCUCGAAAUGUAUGGAUAUGCAGUCGCUUCUGCAAUGCACGGUGUCCAGCACGUACUCCGGAAAGACUUCAUGCUCCAGCCUCCAUACGACACGAAGCUGGAAAAGAAGUUCAUCAUACACUACACGUACGGUUGCGACUACACGCUCAAGGGAGAGCCCAUGUUUGGUAAAUUUGGUGAAUGGAGAUUCGACAAGAGAUCUUACACACAAGGCGCUCCACCAAGAAAUCUAACAAUGCCACCGAAAGGAGUUCACGAGAGUGUGGUAACUCUCGUGAGAAUGAUCAACGAAGCCACAGCAAACAUUCCAAACUGGAAAGAAGGCGAAGGAUAGUUUACACGCAAUUCAUCAAAGUUUUGCUUUGUUCAAAGAAUAUUCUAAUAUUCCAUUUCCAGCAAAAUUAGCGCAUGGUUUAUAAAUA